CUGUAUAAAGGAAAUGGAAACUAAAGAUGAAUUAGAGAAAAUCCAAUCACAACCUGACGAUACUAGCAAUGGAAACAUUAUGCAACCUUUAGCAUCCGAUGUUUGCAAGUGUGAAGCAAUGGCACAGGAAGAGAUUGCGACAUCUGAAAAAGACGGCGAUACUUCGUGCAUGUCAUCCUGUCAACGCCUACUGCUCAAAUUGAAGACGAACAAAGUGUACCGACAGAAAAUGAUUUAUGUCGUUUGUCUUUUCGCUUCUAAAUUUGUUUGUGGAUGGGGAAAAGGACUGUUUGGGCCAUCUUACAUCGACAUUCGUAUGAUAAGUGGAUCAAAUCUCGAUCAAGGAUCUUGGAUUCUCACAGCAAACUUAAUUGGCUUCGCAUUGGGGUCUAUUUCACAAGGUUUUUUGUAUGGAAGAGUCAACAGCAGGGUAUUAUUCGGCAUGGCAUCAUGUGUCUAUUGUACCGCCGUGGUUUUAGUACCAUGGUGCACGCUGUUCGAAGCUAUGGUGUUUUCCUACAUUGCCAUCGGUCUAAUGCAAGGGAUAUUGUCAUCAGGUACUUCGACUGACAUUAUCAGACUCUGGGGAAAAGAAAGUCGUGUGGUGUUUCUAGGAUGCUGGGCCUCGGGAAUGCUAUUGCUCCGCUUGUCCGGUGUAGCUGAAGUCUUUGGGGAGAGGGAGACACUGAUGGAGGAAGCGUUGGAGUUGGCCGAGGAAGAAGAAAGGUCCAGAACAGAAGGAGAAAUCGCAAAAAGAAGAGAAAAAUGUGACGAAAAGACACCGACCAAAAAAACCGGUCGUGAUAAUAGCACCAUGAGCUACUUACGAGAGAAGAUGGAAAGGGAAAAUAAAAUAAAGGAACAAUAG